GGUUGAAGCAACUGAUAAGGACAUCCAGUGCAUGUCUUAUCACGGUCCGGUGUGAUAGUGGUUCAGAUCAGGAGAUUUUCUCCUCUCGGCAACUCUCCAAGGAGCUAGGAGGCUAGGAGGAGGCGAUUUCCUCCUCACUUCAACCGGAAAACUCGUCGGAAAAUCUGUUAGAACUGUUUAAAUUCGUCUGCAGGUGUCGCUCCAGUCGCGUGAGAUACAAGGUCACCGAUCAACGUAGGCAUCAGAGUGGACUGUUGGACGGUAGAAAACUCAUUUGGUCACCAUAGAUAAAAGGCAUCAGAGUGGACUCUUGGACGGUGGAAAACUCAUUUGGUCACCAUAGAUAAAAGAUGAAGCCAGCUAAGCACCACCACUAACCCGUGAUCUCCAAGAAAUGUGUUGACAACGGGUGUCCUGCUAUUGGCAGUGUGCCGUGGCGAUGGUGGCAAGCUUGGGCCACCUGGGUGGUGGUGGAGGGGGUUGCCUCUGGCUGGUGCUGCUCUGUGGCUGUGUCCUCUGGUGCGGUGUUGCCACAUCUCUCAGGCAUGCACGUCACCAGCUGCCACCGGACCAGGCUGCGAACCCAAGCCCGAAGCACACACAGGCCAUUCUCAGGCGCACUCCGCCACAUGAUCCACUCGAUGCUCGCAGGUUCGGCCUAGACCUGAGCGACGGCGUGGGUGUGGAGCGAGUCGACCUCAACAUGGAUGACACUGUUGCCGUUGAGGAGGAGAGCGAUGAGGAGGAAGAGGAAGAGGAAGAGAGUGGUGGAGGAGGAGGAGGCGGUGGUGGAGGCAGCAGAGGGAGACGGGAAGCUCCCAUGGUGGUGCAUACCACUAAGGGUAGAGUGAGAGGAGUGACACUCACUGCUUCCACUGGCAAACAGGUGGAUGCAUGGUUGGGGAUACCUUAUGCGCAGAAACCUAUAGGUCCGCUGCGCUUCCGCCACCCCAGACCACCCGACCGCUGGGACCACGGUCAUGACUCGCACAUCCUCAACACCACGCAGCUGCCCAACAGCUGUGUGCAGAUCAUUGACACCCUGUUCGGUGACUUCCCCGGCUCCACAAUGUGGAAUCCGAACACGCCGGUGUCCGAGGACUGUCUCUACAUGAACGUGGUGGUGCCUCGUCCUCGGCCAAAGCAGGCCGCCGUCAUGGUGUGGAUAUUCGGCGGAGGUUUCUACUCGGGCACGAGCACACUUGACGUAUACGACCAUCGCACCCUCGUCGCUGAGGAGAACGUCAUACUUGUCAGCAUGCAGUACAGGGUUGCUUCGUUAGGUUUCCUGUACUUUGACACGGCGGAGGUGCCCGGCAACGCAGGACUAUUCGAUCAGAUGAUGGCGUUACAGUGGGUCCACGACAAUAUCGCCGCAUUUGGCGGCAACCCACGCAAUGUGACCUUGUUCGGGGAGUCAGCGGGCGCAGUUUCGGUGUCACUGCAUCUGCUGUCGCCGCUAAGCCGGAACCUCUUCAGUCAGGCUAUCAUGCAGUCGGGGUCGCCAACUGCGCCCUGGGCUAUCAUAUCCAGGGACGAGAGUAUUCUCAGAGGUCUGAGACUAGCAGAAGCGAUGGGCUGCCCGCAUAAUCGCAGCGAAAUUGCAGAGGCGACCGAAUGUCUGAGGCGGAUGAAUGCCUCUGACCUCGUGGAGAAUGAGUGGGGAACACUUGGCAUCUGCGAGUUCCCCUUCGUGCCAAUUGUCGAUGGCACCUUCCUGGACGACCAUCCUCACAGGUCGUUGGCAACGAAAAACUUUAAGAAAACAAACAUCCUGAUGGGUAGUAACACGGAGGAAGGAUACUCCUUCAUCUUCUAUCAUCUCACUGAGCUCUUUCGCAACGAAGAGAAUGUUUACGUCAACCGGGACGAGUUUCUACAAGCGGUUCGAGAGCUGAACCCGUACGUGAACAAUGUGGCUCGUCAGGCGAUCGUGUUCGAGUACACAGACUGGUUGAACCCUGAUGAUCCGAUUCGCAACCGAGAUGCUCUCGACAAAAUGGUCGGAGACUAUCAGUUCACCUGCAAUGUCAACGAGCUUGCUCAUAGGUACGCAGACACGGGCAACAACGUGUACAUGUACCUGUUCAAGCAUCGCUCUCUUUCCAACCCGUGGCCGUCGUGGACGGGAGUGAUGCACGGAGACGAGAUCAGCUACGUGUUCGGGGAGCCACUUGACCCAAACAAGUCAUUCCAGCCAGCUGAGAUCGAGCUCAGUCGACGCAUGAUGCGAUACUGGGCUAACUUCGCCAAAACUGGGAACCCGUCAGUGUCCGAGGACGGGACGUGGACGGCGACCUACUGGCCGGUGCACACGGCGUACGGCAGGGAGUUCCUCACACUGGACGUCAACUCAACGGCCACGGGACGGGGACCCCGUCUCAAGCAGUGCGCUUUCUGGAAGAAGUAUUUGCCUCAGUUGCUGUCCAGCACAUCAACACCGCAACCAUCACCCCCUCCACCAGCGAAAGACAUCUGCGCGAGUAGCGCGACACUCCAGUCGCCAGGCAGCGCCACUCUGUUGCUGCUACUGGCCACCUUGUGUCCACUACUUGCCACUUUGUGGCCACUAGUUGCCACUCUGUGGUCGUCACUUGCCACCUUGUCAUCAACAUCAUUGCAUGCCAGUUCAUGGCCGCUACUUGCUGCUUCAUCGCCAAUACUUGCCACUUUGUGGCCACUUCAUGCCACUUUGUGGCCACUACCUGCCAGCCUGUGGCCACUACAUGCCACUAUGUGGCCAUCACUUGCCACUACGCUGGUGGCUACACAUCACCUCCCCCACCGGUCUACAAUGCCUUCGAUUUACUAAUAAGUCCAUGAUAAUCAUCAUAGUUGAUCACUGAUUUUAUUUGUCAAUAAUUUUGUGAACGAUUUCUGUAACAUCGAGAUUGUUUCCUCUGAGUUCAUUGAAAAUGUUGGUGGAAGAUGAGAAAUGUCAGAUCUCUAAGGCUGGGCAUGCACCGGUUAGUCAAGACAAGACUAGUCACGUUUAGUCACAAUUCUUUUUCUUAUUUAUAAACACACUGAAUUGUAAAUUGAUUGUGUAAUUGAAGAAUGUUAAGACACAUAAC